AUGAUUGUUACUGGAAACAAUGAAGAAGAAAUGAAGGUUUUUAAGAAAAACAUGAUGAAGAGGUUUGAGAUGUCUGAUCUGGGCAAUCUUACAUACUUUCUAGGAAUUGAGUUUGAAAUGAAUUCACAAGGAAUUCUGAUACAUCAAAGGAAGUAUGCACAAGAUGUUUUGAAAAGGUUUAAUAUGAUGAACUGCAAACUAAUUUCAACUCCAAUUGACACAAGAGUGAAAUUGUCUUUGGUAAAUGUUGAGAAAGAAGUGGAUCCAACUCUAUUCAAGCAAAUUGUGGAUUCAUUGAGGUAUUUGUGCCAUACAAGACCUGAUAUUGCAUAUGGUGUAGAUUUGAUCAGCAGGUGCAUGGUGAAACCUACCACCUCACAUCUAGUUGCAGCAAAGAGGAUUAUGAGAUAUGUGAAGGGUACUAGCAAUUAUGCCUUUUCAUGGAGUUCUAAGAAGGAAUCAGUAGUUGCAUUAUCUUCCUGUGAAGCAGAGUACAUUGCAGCUUCCAUGACAGCAUGUCAAGCUCAAUGGAUCAACAUAUUACUGAUGGAAUUGCAAUUGGUGAAGGAUGAGAAGAUGGAACUCAGAAUUGAUAACAAAUCUGCUAUAGACUUGGCAAAACAUCCAUAG